UCUUUUAUAAGCUCACACAUGUUUAUGCCCUCAUUUACUCACACAUACUAAAUUUAUCAACUCCCUCACAUAUCAAUCUCUCACCCACCUCUCUUUAUUUUGUUUUCUCUCUCUCUCUCUCUCUUUCUCUGUGACUUUUUUUUUUUUUUUUUUUCUCCAAAGAGAGAGAGAGAGCGAGCAAAGAAAAGAAACAACAAUGGAAGGUAUAUCUGCUGGGGUGUACAAAGGUUUAAGAAGCUACUGGAGGAGGAGAGGCUACGAGAAGCUAAACGGGUCGGGUCGUAGGCGUAGGACGAAGCAUGUGGAGCUGGGUUCGAACCGGAGGAGAAGGUUUUGGCGGAUCAAGAUCAAACCAAAGAUUCGUUUGGGUUCACCAAAGAAGUUCUUCGUUUGGCUUCGUGAUGGGUACAUGAAGAUGAUGAUGGGUUUAGCUAACUCACGCACUUUCACCUCCAGUGGCUAUGGUUUUGCUACUGCUGGGUCCAUGUACGAUGGGAUUAAUGGGCUCACCAGGGGCCCACUUAAGGAGUACGAUGAUAAGAUGAUCGUUGAGUUCUACAAGACUCUGAUGAUGGCUCAGGGAGCUUUGGUGCCUCGCGAUGCCGCAAAACUUGGCUCACAAAUUGUUUGCCAUCGGUAAAAAAUGUUGCAAAUAAAUGGUUUUUUUUUUUUAGAAUGUUUUUUUUUUUAAUCUUCAGUCACAUAGUAUUGUUGGGAAAAUUUUUAGAUACUAAGAACAUGAUAAAUUGUGUUUCUUCUCCUCUCACAUCCACGGUAGAUUCCACCAUAAAUAUGAAUUAAAUAUGUGGACUCCACCGUAAAAAUGAAAGGAAGAAAUACCAUUUUUCAUGUUUCAAAAAUACCUCAAAAUGAUUCGGAUUGCAGUGGCUCGCUGCUUAAGAACACAAAGUGUGUUGGGUAUACGGAAUUGAGUCAAGGCAGCAAAUCAUGCAAAUUGGAUAUUCCCUGGCAUAAGGUAUUGCCAACAGGAAAAAGAAAUUUACUUUUGACUCUUUUUUUUUUCUUCAUCUUUUUAUGUUGUUAUUGUAAUUGUAACAAUAAUUAAGUAGAUUUUUUCCGUUGGCAAUAAUGUUAAAUUAGUAAUGCUUAUUUAGUGGAGCGUAAUAGUUUCUCUCAAAAUAAAGUCCAUAGUUAAUUUUA